CUUCUGCCGGCUGUCCUGCCUUGGAGCUGGAGAGAGCUCUGAUUCUGAAGAGAGAACGAGAACUCGGCGAAGAAUCUCAUUUGCUGAUGGAAGCCACAGUGAUGGCGGCGGAAUUCUCUCGGAGCUAAGGGACGAGAUACGGCAGAGACGAGACUCUUCACUUAGGGGAAAUGGCGACAAACGGCGGAGGAGAGCGGGGAGGGAACUCGCAGCAGCAGCAGCCGCCGCCGCCGGCGAGGAGCACCUCCGGACGGCGGAUACGGUCCCGUCCCGACCCGCUCCUGGUGGUGUGCCGGUGCUUCAGCGUCAUCACGUCCAUCUCAGCAAUCCUCUGCAUCGCCGUCAAUAUCUGGUCCGCCAUUCGCUCCUUCAAAGGCGGAUACGAUGUAUUCGAUGGCAUAUUCCGCUGCUACGCAGUUCUGAUCGCGUUCUUCGUGGUUCUUGCGGAGACAGAAUGGGGAUUCAUCAUCAAAUUCUGGAAGAUUCUGGAGUAUUGGGCUGGAAGGGGUAUGCUGCAGAUCUUUGUCGCGGUGAUGACAAGAGCUUUCCCAAGCUCUAAUGAGGCAGACAAGGAGCUCAUUCUUCUACAAAAUAUUGCAGCAUAUUUGCUCCUUGCUUGUGGCGUAGUCUAUGUCUUUUCAGGUAUCUUAUGCAUUGGCUUCCUCAAGCGUUCUCGUCAGCGGAAAGAAACAUCGAGGGAGCAGGCAGUCCAGGAUCUGGAGGAGUUGGAACGUCGUCGAGAAGAACUUGAGCAGCUCCUCAUUGCAGAGGAAAGGGUUUGAUCAUAUUCACAGCAGUUGGUGAGGGCAACUCUGUAUUUAAAGGGAAAGGAGUGAAUGGUUUUCAUAGAGUGAGCCCGAUUUUGAGUGUGAUUCUUGUAACGGUUUGGUUCUUGUCUGUCUGUUGCGUAGUCUGCUGCUUUCUGUUCCUCCUCCUUCGUGAUGUAGCCCGAUAUUGGCAGUUGUAUAUUUAUGUUCAGGGACGAGACUGCAUUUGUUGAUUCGUAAAAUUCUUUUCAAGGCUAACUUCAUUCGA